UCAACCAAACCCUAGCCAACGAGUCCGGCGGCGACGAGAUGGCGCUCCGCCGACGAGAUGGAGGACGAGAACCUCCUCGGCGAGAUCCUCCUCCGCGUCGCCCCGCUGCCCUCCUCGCUCCUCCGCGCCUCCCUCGUCUCCAAGCAAUGGGAGCGCCUCGCCGCCGCGCCCGCCUUCCACCGCCGCUUCGUCGCGCACCACCGGCAGCCCCCCAUCCUCGGCGUCUUCGGGCAGCAAGGCCGGGAGCUGGUGUUCACCUCCCUUCUCGACGCUCCCGACCGCAUCCCGCGGGAGCGCUUCUCGCUGCGACCCGGCGGCCACGGCGACGAGAUUGAUUUCUGGGCUCUGCUCGGGUGCCGCCAUGGGCGCGUUCUCUUCGUCAGCACGUUUCGUCGUGCGCUCCUUGUGUUUGACCCCGUCUCCGGCGACCGCCGCCGCGUGGCCAUUCCGCUGGAUUUCGCCUGGUAUGUCUUGGGUGGAGCUGUGCUCUGCGCCGCCGGCGACGACCAGGACCACGUGCACGGAGACUGCCACUCGAGCCCCUUUAAGGUGGUCCUGGUAGGCACCAGAUUGAACCACCCAGCCAUAGCCCAGGUCUACUCCUCGGAGACUGGCAUGUGGGGCGAUCUUGUCUCGACCACAAAACCAUGCGACGGCCUCACUGACAGUUUCCCCUGUACCCUUGUCGGCAAUGUCCUUUAUUGGUGGUUGUAUGGGCAUAACAAUGGCAUACUCGAGUUCGAUAUGCAUAGCCAGACACUAGCUGUGACCGAGGGGCCAUCUCAUGCGGACAUUGACUCUAUCAACAGCCGGAUCAUCAGGGGGGAGGAUGGUGGUGUUGGCAUCGCAGUAUUUUCGUAUCUGAGCUUGAAAAUGUGGAAACGCAAGGUCAGUAGUCAGGGUAUUCACACAUGGGUGCUGCCGAAGAUUGUUAUCGUGCACAAGAUCAUUGAUCUUACACAUCCGAUCAAGGCAAUGGACGCUAUAGUGGGGUACUCAGAGGUUGCUGGUGUGGAUUUUAUAUCGCUGCCUUGCUGUUCAGGUCGGAUCAGGACAGGGAAGGAAGCUAUAGUGGGGUACUCAGAGGAUGCUCAUGCGCUUUUUAUAAAGGUGUCUUGCUGUUCAGGACCCCAUACCUUCAUUGUUGAACUUGAGUCAAUGCAGUCCAGGAAAAUUAAUCAAAGUUUUUUGGAGAAUUCCUAUCAUCCGUUCACAGAUUUCUUCACUGCAGGUACUGUUCGAGCGUGAAGUACUGUUCCAGUCACUGAGCCACCAGUGUACUGUUCCAGCCGUUGAGCCACCACAGCUGCGGGGUGAUCACAUGAUUCAGUUGACCAAUAGGUUUUCUUCAGCAACCAGUCAUAUGUUGAUGAUUUGCUAUGAUACAGAGUUCUAAAUUCAUCUCCUAUAUGAAGACAACAACAAACAACAACAAUUGCAGGUAAGCACUAUGUGGUAAGAAAACUAGGUGAGUAGGGAGGGAGGCACUAUCACGGACAUUCUAAUUUAGAUUUUAUCAGUCCUCACGGUUAUCAUCAUCUCUUUGCAAAUUUUGCAAAAAAUAGUGUUCUGUCAUGGUCAUUUGACAGAAUGAAGAGAAAAACAAGUGUAGGCUGGUAGAAGUGGAACUUCCGAAUUACCACCUUGCUUUCAACAUAAUAGUUUGUUUCUUCGUUUUCUAUUUGUAUGACAGCAAUAUAUAUAUAUCAGUAAAAACGAAAGAAUGUUUGUGAGCUAGUUUCAGACGUGGUAACAGAAUACCAGUAAAACAUGUUAUUGCUAUAUAUUAAUUUUUUCCUUCCUGAUAUUUUGUGCUGCCUCUUUUUAACAACAUUGGUUAUUUGGCAGAUGCACAUGUGCCGUUUAAUGAGGUGAGAUCUUACAGUGUGGUUUUACCAGUCAGCCAGUGCUCUUUUAUUCUUUUCCUUUUUUGUGCUGGACCCAUUUUCAGUGCCUUCCUCCCUGUUUUGUAGUUUUUUUUUCACUUUUGAAGGAUAUCGCGGGAUGUUUAAGCAUGGAAGAUUCGCUAGUUUUUUCCUUCUACUUUUUUGAUUUUUUUGGAGCAACCGACUGGAGCUCUGCCUUUCUGUAUAGAAGAGGAAAAUUGACCAGCUUAUAAGGAAAAUUGGCUGUAAACAGAUCCAAUUGAGCCAUGCACACCAGCACGAGGCUGCACAUACAGCGAGCCGACUUUUCUACCAUCCAAGCAACCAGAAUCGACACACAACAACACAACCUGGUUGUGGAGCCACCACUCCGGCAUACAAACCAUCAUCUCGCCCACACACCAGCCGAGUCGAUGACUUUGCCACCCAAGUGAUCUGACUCGACACCGGUCUCGAGAUCGCAAAAGCGAUCGUCGCUCCGGCCUCGACACCCGCCUCGAGAUCGCAUACCAAAUGAGUCGAUGACUUUGCCACCCCAAUGACUCGAUAGCGUAUGUCACAAAGGCGGUCUCCGGAGCCACCGCUUCGGCCUCCCACGGGCCCCGAGGCCGUACACUUGCCUAGUUGACGUCAAAACCAUGGGACAACCUCAACCAUUGUCAUCUGAUAGAAGACUGGACCUCCAAAGGUGAUGCCCCAAGGGGGAAGCGAUGCGAAUGCCGCCGACGCCCGCUCAUGGCCUAGUUAGAGCUUGAGUUUUCACUCGGAGAGCUCGAGAUCCAAAUGACGAGGGAGCUGAGGACGCCGUUGUCGCCGGCAUCGUCAGAAGUCAGUGCUAGGCUUUCCCCUGGAGUUCACCAUACAACUUGUCGCCAGCCAUUUUCAAUAAUAACAAUAGCUAUGGAACCCAAACAACUCGUCGCCGACAACAACCGACUUACGUGCGACAAACCAAUGCAACAUCUUGAACUGCCAUGGCCAUCCCCGAACCACACCCAUGUGUGAGUGACGCUAUGCUGCCAUCUUUCGUCCAUGGCACACCAAGGAACGACACCAUGGGCGCGAACAUGCUGGCACCAACAACCACCAGCGGCCGGUGCCCUGCCACCCUGGGGACCCUCGACACUAGGCAGUAACCAUCGCAUCCGGAGCCUCCAUGUACACUGCAACCCUCCAGGUCUGGAGCAAGACCACUACUGCAGCUUGCUACUGCGGCAGACCGCGCCGGCCCGAUCCAGGAGAUAGAGGACAGAUCUAGAGCAGCAUCAGCGAGCCCUCCCUGGCUGCCGCCACACAGCCUGCACAACCCCCGAUGGCAGAUCCAGGCGUGGCAGCCUAGGUUCGGCGAGGCCGUGUCAACAGGACUGCCGCACCUGUGGCCAGGAUAGUCAACCACCCGCAGCCGAGCAUGGGCGCCGAAGCGCACCAAGCGCACCACCCUGACCACGACCCGAGGUCCCGCCUCCCCCGCAUGUGGCCCUCCGGUGAGCUUGUCCCGGGGCCACUGCUCCGACCUCCACACGCUAGUCCGCCAAGCGCCGCCACACCAAACCGUGGGCCGAUCACUAGAGCCUACCGACAAGAGCAAGGACUCCCCAUCACCUUUGGUAGCAGGGCACGCUGACACCGCGGUGGAGGCCGGCGGCAGCGGCGGCGAAUGGGAGAGAUCGGAGAUGGCGGUCCUAGGGUUCCCCUGAUGUUAACUUGCAACACAGAUUUCCCCUUGUUGGAUAUCUGCAGUCCCUUUUUCUUUUACUUCUUUUACUUUUUAUUACAGUCUAUUCUUGUGUCAUUUUUCCUUCUUUUCAUGGAUUCUUUGAUCAAGAAUUUGUCUUUGAUUUCUUUAUUUUUACUUGAUUGAAUGUGGACGCGAUUAAAGAAGAAAUUGAAUUAGACUACUUUCUUACUAUUUCAAUUUACUAAUCUGUUCUAUGUAGAUUUGAAGAUAAUACAAUCUACCACACUUUACGACUGCAACCAGAUCCUUAAGACUUGUUUUUACUUAUUUAAUCCCUUCAUUUCUUCAGUGAUUAAUUGAAAUUUCAAUUGAUCAUUUUGGCUGACUACUUUUACAUCCGGAUGUUGCAAGUCAACAUACCCAAUCACUGGACUGCAUUAUUAAUUGUUGGUUAUUUUGCUACUAUUAAGUUUAGAAGUAUGCUAUGUGAGUUGGUCACUAUCAGUCUUUUAGGUGAAUAUCUUCUGUAAACUGAAUCAGUGGGCUAUGAAAAUUUUGUACUCUCACUGUAAGAUUUGUUGAUUUCAAUAUUAAUUUUUGUACUAAUAUGAACACACUUGCUAAUGUCCAUGCCUGUAAUUGUUCGGAAGAUUAAAUUUGGUUAGCCAAGUUUCUUUGUAUGGAUUUCCAUCAGUUUAAUCUCUAUACAAUAUAAUGUUUUCAGAAUUUUGGCUGACUUGCUCUAAGAAUAUGAAACACAAAGAAUUAUCUCCUCUGAUUGGUUAAGCUAGCUAACUUAGUUAUUUCCCCAUUGUUUUAUUGAUUUAGUCUCCAUGAGAUGUUUUGAAAACCAUGCUUGUAUUCUAUUUUUAUUUGAUUAACUGCACUCCAUCAUAAUACUGUUACCUAGUGUGAUGAAUGAAGUAAUGACCCCUAUUGUUUGCUUUUAGCUCACAAUUUGCCAUUUGUGACUAACAAUUACUAUGUGCCUAUGAGUUGUUAUAUCUGUUUUUACAUUCAUGUUGUUUUUUUUGGACAUAAUUAAGUCAAGGCAUUUUUUCUGUUUCCUCAAAACCAGUUUCUUCAGAUUUACUUGUUUUUUUUUCAUUUAUCUUGUGAUACAAGCAAGAACUCUACCUACAUGAUUUUAGAUUUCUUGUAGGCAGGGUUGAUGUUGAAUCCUUGGUUGCUUGGCGUAGCAAGGAUAUGGAAUCCGUAACUUGCUCUGCAAGCAUCUGAGAUCUUGUGGGUUGAUGAAGGUGAGCGCAUGUUAGUUAAGUAAGGCAUGUGUCCUGAAAUGUCUUAAUGAAUGUACAUAUCUGGAAAGUUGCUCUAUUUUCUAAUCCCUCAUGCCGCUGGAAAGUUGCUCUAUUUUCAUGAUUGUUCCCUCGGGUGUAAUUCUUUCAUAUUUUGUUGUGCCUGCUUGCUCAACUGAUAUUUAAGUCUAAUUUUUUUAUUGUGCAUUUUUUUCUGGGUGCCACUGCAAUCCAACCUUUGUGAAUCGAAAACUCUAGCCGGAGAAGGCAGCUAGCCCUAGAAGGUGUGAUGGAGAAGAAUUACACGUAAGGCCAUCAUCACCAAAUGAAAACAAUCUGUGAAUUUUAUUGCAGGCUCUUGCAAAUGUUGUUAUCCAUGGACGAUUUGAAGCGAAGACGAUCUGCUGAGAAUUAUCAUCGAUCAGUGGUCGAGGACGUCCAAGGGAAAUGUUAGUUGCUGGUUUUGGUCUAGUUCAACACAAGCCUUUCUUUUUACUAAUAUGUAUGUAAUACUCUUUAAAAAAUUGUAACUGUAAUACGCUUGAUGAUGAAUGAGGAGAGGUCUUGCUGUUACGCAAAAGUAAACUGAAGGCUUAAAUCAGGGAAAUAUCCAAUUUUCUCCAUGAA